AUGUCUAUAAGUACCAAUUACAACGCUCCAGAUCUUCAAUCAGCUUUGAUUGCUCAGGACAUUCUAAGCUGGUCAGGGUCACAGCCUAUUUAUCUAUCACAGAUAGAGGUUGAUGGUGGAGAUAAGUUUUCAAAAGACUUUUUCGGAAAGCUUUUCUAUCCCCUUCUCCAAACCCAGGACUAUACUUUAUCACAAUUGAUGAAUCAAGUUUUCGCCUCAUAUCAAAGGUUGGUGAAGACCGACGUUUUUAAACAAGUUGAUAUUUCUCUUAAUUCUGAUUUCAAAGCAACAGUUCCGAAUGAACUUUCACAAUAUAACAAAGAUAAACCUAUUCCGGCUAAGGUACUCGUUAAAUUAGCUCCAAUUGACUUGAAUAGUGGAGAAGGGUUUUUGAAUUUCAACAGUCAAGAUAAUUUGAAUUUGAAGCUUGAUUAUUUGAAUAACAACUUCAAUGGCAAUGCAGAAUUAGUCAAUUUCGGAGUUAGCUACAACCCAUACAAGCCAAACGAGCAUCUUAUUGCAAAUGCUAAGUUCCUGGGGAGCUUGACCAAUCCUUCAUUCAAAUUUAUCAUUGAUUUACUCAAUUCCUAUCAAAACAAUCAUAGUUGGCAACAUUCCUCCACUAAAUCUACUGUCGGUUCAAUAGGGUUAUUAUACUCGUAUGAAUCAUUAAAUCUAUUUACCGGAAUUUCUUUAGCAAAGAGAGGAAUCCAUGACAUCGAUCGUACUGCCCCAGACGAGAUUAAAUUUUUUUCUGGUGAUAACAUGAAAUCAUCUAUUGUUAACCAAUUGAGAUACUCCAAUCUCUCCUACCUCAAUAUUUUUACUAGAAACUUUCCUAUUAACGGAUUUACUCUCGCCGUCUCCAACGAAGUAUCAUCUAAUCAAGAACAAGAAAAUCUUAACAAUAAAAAUAUGUUUGUUAAGUCGAGUAUCUCAUUGAAUACUUUCAAGUCGUUCUUUAAUAACAAAGCUACGGCUAAACUUGAUACAGAGAUUGGUGGUAUUUAUAAUCCAGCAUCCAAUUCUCCUGUGCAUAUAUCUGAUAGAUUUUACCUAGGAGGCUCUGAAUCUUUUAAAGGAUUUGCCAAAAAUGCAAUCAACGUUAAUGGAGGAUCACAAUACUACAAGGUUGGUUUAACGAUAUAUUCCAAAUUACCUACUUUCAUUUACGCCCCAAAAGGUGUUACAGCAGCAAAUUUACCUCUUGAGGAUAAAAGAGUGUAUGAAGCUAAUCCCUUGAGACUUUAUGGUACUGGAUUGCUAGGUAACGUCUGCAAUGAUUUGUUGCAAGAUCGAUCUGCUGCAUUGACUGUAGGCUAUGGUUUGAGGUAUUUUAACAAUUGGGCUAACUUCGACAUUGGCUAUUAUGUCUCCAAGAGAUUAGGAGACGAGAGUAGUUUUGGUUUAAAAGAUGGACUUCAAUUUGCGGUUUCCAUUGGUGGCUCCAAUAAAUCUUUAUAA